AUGUUGAACUUGUUCGUUAAGUUUAAGUUGAUCCUCCUCGAGAUAACCUUAGUUAGCGUUAACUCUUCGGUUGGAUACAAUGUAUGGGUAGGACCCGACACAAACGUUGGGGAAGAUAGAACGCGUUCAAAAGUCAACACAAGUCGACGGUUACCGACUGGUCAGUCAUCAUCUCUCCGGAUUAAAUUGAUGGGCACAUCAUCAGGAUCCAACCUUCCUCACCAGAUGCUACCUCCACGGCAACAACUACAAACUUCUCUUUCACUUGUGUCUUCGGAUCCCCACUUGUCACGGUCCAACUCCGGCAUCGUGCGUGAAUCACCAGCUGAAAGCGCGAGCUCUCAAGAAACGUGGCCAACCUCAAAAUCCAUCAUGGUUAAGAAGUCAGAGAGCGGCAAGACAGGACCUGAUUCUCACGAGCAGCCUCUGAUCCGCCACGUCUCCAUCGCCGACAAGGUAUCGCUACGAGACAUCGCUAGAGAGAGAGUGGACAUUGUCUCAGAGAGAAUGCUCCGUUUACCAGAAGGAUAUCUCGAGGAGUUGAAGAACGGUCUCAAGGCUAUCCUUGAAGGAAACGGUGCUCAGCCAAUAGAUGAGUUUAUGUUUCUGCAGAAGUUUGUCCAGACGAGAUCUGACCUAACUUCGAAGACACUCAUCAGAGCUCACCGAGUGCAGUUAGAGAUCCUUGUGGUGAUCAACACUGGAAUCCAAGCGUUCUUGCAUCCAAACAUCAACCUCUCGCAAACGUCUCUCAUAGAGAUCUUCUUGUACAAGAGAUGCAGAAACAUUGCUUGCCAAAACGAGCUCCCGGCUGACGACUGUCCCUGCGAGAUAUGCGCUAAUAGGAAAGGCUUCUGCAACCUCUGCAUGUGUGUGAUCUGCAACAAGUUCGACUUUGCUGUCAACACGUGCCGCUGGAUUGGAUGCGACGUGUGUUCUCAUUGGACUCAUACGGAUUGUGCGAUUAGAGAUGGAGAGAUCUCGAUGGGGGUUUCGACCAAGAGUGUGUCCGGGAUGGGAGAGAUGCUGUUCAAGUGCAGAGCGUGUAACCAUACUUCUGAGCUUCUUGGAUGGGUUAAAGAUGUGUUUCAGCACUGUGCACCAAACUGGGAUAAGGAGUCUUUGACGAAAGAGCUCGACUUCGUGAGUAGGAUCUUCCGUGGAAGCGAAGAUACAAGAGGGAGGAAGCUGUUCUGGAAGUGUGAGGAGCUUAUGGACAAGAUCAAAGCUGGACUGGCUGAAGCAACCGCUGCCAAGUUGAUUCUCAUGUUCUUCCAAGAAAUUGAAUUGGACUCUCCAAAGAGCCUUGAGAACGGAGAAGGUGGGGGAAUGAUAGCACCUCAAGACGCAUGCAACAGGAUUGCUGAGGUUGUUAAGGAGACGCUGAGGAAGAUGGAGAUAGUGGGAGAGGAAAAGACGAGGAUGUACAAGAAAGCGCGGCUAGGGCUUGAGGAAUGCGAGAGAGAGAUGGAAGAAAAGGCAAAGGAAGUGGCGGAGCUGAAGAUGGAGAGGCAGAAGAAGAAACAACAGAUAGAAGAGGUGGAGAGGAUAGUGAGGCUGAAACUAGCAGAGGCGGAGAUGUUUCAGUUAAAAGCAAACGAGGCAAAAGUGGAAGCGGAGAGACUGGAGAGGAUUGUGAAGGCGAAGAAGGAGAAGACGGAAGAGGAAUACGCUAGCAACUACUUGAAACUGAGGCUGAGCGAGGCAGAGGCGGAGAAAGAGUAUCUGUUUGAGAAGAUAAAAGAGCAGGAGAGUGGUGGCAAUGGUGGUGAGGCUUCACAAGCAGUCAUGUACUCGAAGAUAAGAGAGAUGCUUCAUGGGUACAAUGCGUCGUCGUCGCCGAGAGUAGAUCCGAGAUCAAACCAGAGGAAUCCUUUCAGAUCCAAUCCUUAG